AUGGAAAGUGUUGAAACAAAUGAUACGUAUACAUCAUUCUACGAAGAAAAUGACUUCGAGAACGUCACUGACGUCGUCACAGAAGACGAUGGUUCCACAGCAGGUUUCCCCAGAAGUUUAGACAUCCAGGGAUUGGUUUUGGGGAUCCUACUCGUGUUCAUCAUCUCUGUGACCAACCUCGUCAGCUUGGCUGCCUUCAUCGUCGAACGCCGUCUCCGAACCUACAACAACUACUUCAUCAUCAAUCUCGUGCUGUCUGAUCUCCUCAUAGGCGUCAGCCAGACCAUUGGCGUCGCUCACACUGCCCUAAGACACUUUCCCUUUUCGCAAAGAUUCUGCAAAGUUUACCUCGGUUGCCGUCAGGGCCUCCUCACCGUCUCGAUCCUCCAGAUCGUGGUCAUCUGCAUCGACCGCCAUCGAGCCACCUACGAUCCUAUCAACCAUUUCAUAUCCCGAAAUAAACGGAAGGCCGUCAUCAUGAACGCCCUGACUUGGGUGGUGGGCUUAGGUUUCUGGCUCUGCUACUCCACCGCCUGGGACUUCAUCGUGAAUAUCAACUCGACUCGGCAAUGCUAUGCUGCCUACAUCCGAGACCCCAUUCCAAACUUGAUACAAAAUGUCCUUACCUUCUUUGUCCCACUGGCCAUCAUCUGCUUGCUCUACUUCAGAAUCUACAUCAAGAUCAAGGCCACAAUCGGCGGAAAGGAUGUCGGUCGGGAGUUUAAGGAUGGGACGCCAAACGUGAUAGCAGAAAUUCGUGGAGAAUCCUCUGUCAUCAGCAGCAUCGAAAUGAAGACAGUCUGCGAAGAUAUCAACAACCUGAAUGACAUGCACGUGGAACCAGUCAGAGACAUACACGAAACAGAAAAGGCUGAGAAGAAGAGCGGAGCCAAACGCGAAUCCAAAAACGAGAUGAUGAAAGCCAAUCGCACCCUGUCUUACAUCAUCCUCUCCUUCAUCAUUGCCUGGUUACCAAACGCCAUCAUCUAUCUCAUCUUCGCAAUCGACCCGGCUCUCCUCCUGGUGAGCGCAUUCCCGCCAGAAGUACGCCAAUUCUUCGUCUGGCUCCUGUACGCCAAUAGCUUCUGCAAUCCCAUCUGUUACGCUGUGUCACAACCGCUUUUUCGCCGUACCGUAUUGGACCUUUUUAUCAGGCCGCAGAAAUACUGGCGCCAAUAA